AUCACCAGCAGCGACGACAUGGCGGGGACCGCACGAUGUCAUAAGCAGAGCACAGAGUUAUGCGGCGUCAACACCCACAAAGGCGUCAUCAGCGCCGCCGCACACGACCCUGCAGCGCACGGUGCGGGGCGCGGCGGGCAGCGGGGCGCCGGCGCGUGUCAUACCACGUUUCCACUUCCCCAAGGGUCGCCCCCCUCCACCCCACCAGCAAGACCACGCGCUACACAAAGUGCAGUCAGCCUUCGCCACAUUUCCUAAUAGCCAGGUUCCUCGUGAGAGUUUUAAGCACAUAGUGGCUGCAUGCGAGUGCCCACUGUACUGGAAGAUGCCGUUGUUCCUGGCAACACAGCAGAGCCUGCAUGCCUCUGUUGACGGACAUAAGUUCAUCGAUUUCUGGAGAGAGAUGACGUCACAGUGUCACGACUUAGCGUCCCGGUUCGUGUACAUCCUGACACGGGGGAAGAGCAGUUCUUUAGCGCCCGAGGACUUCGUGCCCCUCGUACAGGACGUCGUCGACACACAUCCCGGUCUCUCAUUCUUGAAGGAGGCCACGGAAUUCCACUCCAGAUACGUGCAUACGGUGAUAGCGCGGAUAUUUUACUGCGUGAACCGGUCGUGGUCAGGAAGGAUAUCUAUACCGGAGCUGAGGAGGUCGAAUCUCCUGCAGGUCAUACAGCUGCUGGAAGACGAAGAGGAUAUCAAUCAAGUUACACAGUAUUUUAGUUACGAGCACUUCUACGUGAUCUACUGCAAGUUCUGGGAGCUGGACCGCGAUCACGACUUGUUCAUAGAUAAACACGACCUCGCUAGACACAACGACCAUGCUUUGUCAAGCCGCAUGAUAGAGCGCGUGCUAUCGGGCUGCGUGACCCGCGGCAACCAGAACCGUUUGACGCCCGACGGCGAGCCGCGCAUGUCCUACACAGAGUUCGUCUGGUUCCUGCUCGCCGAGGAGGAUAAGACACAUCCCACCGCUAUCGAGUACUGGUACAGAUGUAUGGACAUUGACGGUGACGGGUACAUAUCGAUGUACGAGCUGGAGUACUUCUACGAGGAGCAGAUGCAGCGUAUGGAGGCCAUCGGAAUUGAAACACUGCCCUUCAAUGACUGCUUAUGUCAGAUGUUAGACAUGGUGCACCCGGCGGAGGAGGGCAAGAUAACACUGUCAGAUCUGAAGCGGUGCAAGCUGACGCCGAUCUUCUUUGACACAUUCUUCAACCUGGAGAAGUACCUCGACCACGAGCAACGCGACCCCUUCGCCACGCAGAGGGACUCCGACUCAGAGAUGUCAGAAUGGGAUAGAUUCGCCGCCGAGGAAUACGAGCUGUUGGUGGCAGAGGAAGGAGGGAGCGACGCGCAAGACCAAAUCUCAUACGAUGAGACCGAUGAAGAUUGUUUAUCACCAAAUAUAGACGAGAUCACAAACACUGAGGUUGCGGAGGAGUCCAGUGUGGAAGAGUCUACGCUCAGCGAGAGCGCUGCCAGCGUCGUCAGCCGCGGCAAAGAACAAUCCGCGCCGCGCCCGCAGCCCGCCGCAGCACCCGCCGCCAACACUGCGCCUGCCGCGCCCGCCGCCGGCUUCGUCAAUCUUAGUUCUAUUUACUCCAUCGGCGGCGCUAACAGAUGGCCAAACCAACCAGACAACGCCAAGAACGGUCUACCCGAUAGAAAAACCGAAAAACCGAUACCACCGGAAAAACCGGUCAGCUUAUUGAUGAUGAACGGAAAAGUCGAUAACCGGUACUCCGGUUUUAGCAAUAAUAGCUUUUUAUACUCGCAACUACUCAACCCAACGGGUGCGCGCGCGAAAGACCCACCCUCGUACACUGCGGCUACCAGUGGGGCGUUCGACAAGACUGGUGAAAUUAAAAAAGCCGCCACAUCUCCUAUCAAAACCCCAAUCAAUAAAUCACCUGUCACCAGUCCAGUGAACGGUGUCAACAAAAUCUCCGAUAACUACGAAAGAGCGAUCGCUGAACGAUUGAGCCCGCAACGAGAUAUAUCGAGAUUGAACCGUAGCAGUUUGUUUAGUAAAGUAAAUACCGGUGUGGUAUCCGGUAAAGUGAAAAAGAAUAGUCCCCGACGUUCCGGGAAUGACGAAGAAGACGAGGACUACGCGCGCGACAGUGACGAGUGUUCCAUUUAGAUGUAACGUUGGUAACAUUGGGAAUUUAGUUAACAAGAAUCAAGUGUUUGUGUUGAUUCCUAGGAUUGUAUCACUGUACAGUGUAACCAAAGAGCGCUGCUAACGAGUGCAAUUAAUGACUUUAUAGUAUAAUCGUUGAACGUUUAUUAGAAGAGAGAACUAUUUUUUCAGCGUAUCCUAGCGGGCGAUGCGUGCCUCGUGACGUAGCAACUAGACAAUUCAGUAAUGGACACUUUUAUAGAAUAGUGUGAAAGUAGAUAUUGUGAAAACCAUUUUCUAACAGGUUUGAAAAACUUCGCUUGCUUUUUUCAGCAUUUUAUUAGUGUUUAUGUAAUUUACAGUUGUUUGUUAUUUUUUACUGCAAUAUUUGUCUCAAAGUUAAUUUAUGAAUUACUGUCACUUGCAUGACUUUUAAUACGUAAUGAAGAGAUUGUACGAUUCUUAACCUAAAAACCAUUUUUGUGUUAAGAUCAAAUGUUAUUUAAUUUGUUAUAAUCUAUACCACCACAACAUAUUACAUAUUAAGGAUUUAGAAUGUGAUUAAUAAUUUAAUUAAAGCGUUUAUUUCCACAAAUUAAUGCAUAAAUAAAAUGAAGCUAUCGAUAAUAAAAUUCGAUAAAUGAAAACAAGUUUCAGUCCAUAAAAAAUGUAGAUUAAAAAAAUUAUAUCAUGCUUCAUCAUUAUUCCGUCAUAAGUAACUCAUAUCAUAGCUCCAUCCACAUUAAAAAUUAUUUUAUUACAAAAUUGUAUUGAACUAGAGUUAAAAAAUAACACGACCAAAGUUUGGUCAACGUUUAGAAAGAACACAACCGUAAGUUUAAAAAAGAAACACGCACAGGUUAUUUAGAAAUUAAUAAAGUAUUUUUGAUAAGGUUUGAUGAUAGUGGUACGUAAUACUAAUUUAUUUUUUGAUUGCAAACAAGCUAAAUUAAAUUGCUAAUGGCUGGCAUGUGCAUAAUUGUAUUAAAUAACUAUGAAUAUUGUAAAAUGCUUUAUACACAUUAGAUUUUGUAUCAAAUUGUCAUACAUUAAGUAAUUAUGAUUUUGUUUGGACACAUUUACGAGUUGAGGUCUAAAAGCUAAAUUAAAGGAAAAGGUUUAAUUAGGUUAGCGUCGCUUCCAUUUAGUAGUUAUACAUUGCAAAUAAAUUAAAAUGGAUUUUUAGUUGUUUGUAAUCUGUCUAGACUAACGUUGAGUUUCUAAUUUGGCCAUAAUUCAUGGAAAAUCGUAUUCGAUUUACAAUUUCAUUGUAAGCAGUCAAAACUUUCUUUUGUAAAUUACUUUUUAGAGUAAGGAGUGUUUGGUACUAAAAUAUAGUUCCUUGAUUUGAAUUUUUGUGA